AUGUCUAUCUCAAAUGGCCAGCCAGAGGCGACCGAAGGACAACAGCAGGCUGCCCGGGGCGGCUUGUUUGCGAACAUCAAAAGCUAUAUCACAUCUCUCGGACUUGAUGCAAGCCAUUUGCUCACGCAGCACGCCGCAAACCACCAUCACGAAGAUGUGCCGGCCGACGUGGUUAAGGAACCGGAAGCCGUCCUAUCCGCAGCUGUAACCGCCGAGUCACUGCGCACCUCGAUUCCUGUACCAGAUUCGAACGCUCCGGGGCGACUCCGCUCGUUGUUUCCGCCUGCCAACUAUGGCGCUGUUGUGCCCGGAAACGUGUAUCGUAGUAGUUACCCGCAGGGGAAGAACUACGAGUUUUUGAAGAGCCUGAAGCUGAAGACCAUCAUAACCCUCGUGCCUGAGGAGAUCUCGCCCGAGUAUCGCGAGUUUAUGAGGUCAGCCGGCAUUCAGCACUUCCAAGUGCACAUCAACGCCAACAAGGGCGGAGUCAGGGUGCAGAGCUGCGAUAUGUCCAGGGCGCUGAACGUUGUCUUGGACCGCUCCAAUCACCCAAUUCUGAUACACUGCAACAAGGGCAAGCACCGCACCGGAUGUGUCGUAGGCCUGUUGAGGAGAAUACAGGGAUACGACAUCGAGUUGAUCCGCGAAGAAUACCACACUUACGCGGAUCCCAAAGCACGAUUCCUGGAUGAGGUAUUCUUCGAGCACUUCGACUUGAACACAGUCAUGUGGCUCGCUCGUCAGGAAAACUGGGCUCUUCCCAGUUCAGAGCUCGCCCCACCAUCCCCUCCACCUUCUCCGGUCUCCGCUCUCAGUGUCGCAAGACCGCGGGCUUAA